UGCACAGACACAAAAUGGCGACGUAAACAUUGCAGAAUCGAAAUUGAGUUGACGAGACGACUGCUUUGGCUUUGUGCUCUUUCGCCUGCUGGGCAAAAACUCAAGAGAAACUAAAGGGAAUUCGCGGACAGAUUUACAGACUCAUCACUUUCCUGUACCCAAUAAAAUGCCCCAGCGUUGCUCUAUUCCUGGUUGCAAGACAGGCUACAAGCAGGGGCUGAUGCUGUUGUGUUAUCCUAAGGACCCAGAGAGGCGAAACUCUUGGGUGCAAGGUGUCCGGAAAGUGGGUCUUGAACCGACGAACAUGCAGUUUAUUUGCGAGCUCCAUUUUGGUCCGGAUCAAUGGGAAAAGAUUCGAGUUGAUGGCACCAGAAAGCUGAAGUGGUCAGGUGUGCCAAACAUGUUCACUCCAGAAGAGGUGGCUACAACGCUGGAACUGGUUCGAUCAAUUUCCAAGCUUAGGGAGCGUCCUCAAGGUCCUGUGAAGCGAAAAGGAAAUGAAGAUCAGCAAGAACCGAAACCAGAAGCCAAAGUAGCCUUUUCUCCAAAUGUUAUCAGAAGAGUGGUGAAGCUUGAUAAAAUUUGUAAAAGUAUUGAAGCACCUCUUGCCACGACUAAAUUUCAGUUACCUGUCAUUAGCAAACCCCCAAGUGAAGUUGCACAGAGCUCCUUAUUUAAUGAAGAAGUAAUUGAAGCUCCCUCCUCCAUUGUUAAUGUUAGUAGCCCAACAGAAGAUCCCCUUAGUUCUCAAACCUCAGCAGCUGAUGCCAUUAGUGGUGAAAAAACGUCUGCCGAGGAGUCAAUCCUGCCUCUAAGCUGUCCCUCACAUUCUAUUAUUGUUAAAUUACCAAAAUCUCGUUAUCAGAGUAGCCUUAUGGAAGACCUGGAUGAUUUAAAAAGUUUUCUUAAUGCAUCAGAACAUACAUAUGAGCAAAGGCUCAUUAAUUCAUUGGCACAGUUAGUCAAAAAGCAUGAACAGUUGGAUGAAAAACUUCAAAGGUGUGACAAAUUACUGGGGGAGAAUUCCUUAUUAAAGGAAAAGAUGAAAGAUCAUCAAAAAGUCUUACUUGAAAACUACACCUUAAGGGAGAAAAUUCGCAAGUAUGAGCAGAAGUCAAUGAUUGAAAAUGUGAUAUUAAGGGAGAAACUUGGUGGUAAUAAUGGGACAGUGAUAAGAAUUGAGAAAAUCAUAGACCCCACUCCUCAAAUUAACAGAGCCUGUGAAACAGUUAAGCGGGUUAAACCUUGUGUUUCACUAGUCAAUCCUAAUACUUUGAAGGAUCAAGAAGCGGGAUUUGUUUCGCUUGAAGAUCAGCUAUGAACAUUUAUCCUUUCAUCUGACUCAUUUCUCAGUUUGUCUUUUUUGUUAGCUUAUCUUAAAUGUUGGUACAGGUAGCUACGGUGUUUCCAGUGAAUCUGGGUCAUAACAUUUUGGUGUCAUGCAUUUUUGCCAUUAAACUUUUUCAAAGGUUUUUUAAAAUUUUAAGGUUGCAUUAUCUGGACUUUGUAAACCUGUGACUUUGUGUGGGAAGCAAAUUAAGUGCUUCUUCAAUAGGUUAAUUUGUAUAAAUUUUUGUACUGUGCUUUGACUGUUUUUUUUUCUAUUAUUUGUAAUUUUGUUCAUGUGUUUGACUUCCAGCUUAGUAUGUGGUCUUUAUGUACUGUCUCAUGUAAUAGAAAAAUGGUUACUUAGUUUUUAAUAAGUUCAGUUAAAAGAGAUUAGAUUAUAUUUUGUUUGAAGAUAAAUUCUAUGAAGUCUGAAUAAAUGUUUGUUUUUGAUAAUUUAUUGGAA